AUGUCCAAGCUGCCGCCAACUUACUUCUUGUGCCCGACGCUGUCGACCGACGAGAUGGUCCACCUGCGGACGCUAGCGAUCGAGACCGCCAUGCGCAUCGUGCACCAGGUCGAAAUGGACCCCGAGGCAACGUCGACAGCGUGGAGCUUGCACAAAGUGCUUGCAGGCGGCGCGAUUCGCAUCUACAAGGGCACGGCCAUCAACGAAGAUGGCCACACGGCUGACACGCGGGCCAAGACUCAGUAUUGCGGCCACAUGACCGUUGAAGCUUCGCUCGAUGAAGCCAUCGAGGUUUUUCGCACAGAUACCCCGCGUCGCGACGCCCACCACCGCCGCCGAUUUGGGCCCAACCACUUGGCCAAUACCACCCAGGACAAGAUCACGUUGUACAGUGCCCUGGAGCCGACCGCGGCUGGCGAGUACGCCGCCAUCACAUGGCAAGCGUAUGCGGCGGUGCCGCGAGUCUUGCGCCGCAUCCUGCCGCCACGUGACGAGUGCGUUCUGGAGGUGUGGCAUGCAUUCGACUGGCCAAAGCGCAGCACGCUCCGCGGUCGAGCGAGUCGCGGCCAUCGGCGCGGGUGGGUCCAAGCGCAGCAGUCCGUGAAGCUAGCUUCCUGCCCGGACUUGCAGGACACACUGGGGUUUGUUCGCCAGCAAAAUCAUGGCAGCGGGAUCGUCGCCGUCGAAUCCGACGCACGACCCGGGUUUGUCGACGUGUACUGUCUCGACCACCGAUCCAUGCCGACGACGUUGAGCCAUUGGACGCCUGACCUCCACACGUUGACAAAUUGGGUCAUGCGGCGGUUGGUGUCGGCAGGCCUCGCUGCUGAGUCGGUCCGCCACAUGCAAUCCCUUCGCGACCUCGGGUGGUGGGUCCAGGAAGGGCGGCUAAACGACGGCACCUCGUUUGGCACGACCGAUGAUGCCCAAGUGGUGCGCGCGGAGCAUUGCCGCCACUGCCGGAAACGCUUUCGAUGGCACAAGUGGAGUGUCAAGCGCCGCUUCGAUCAUGAAGGACCGACCAAAGGCAGUGCCGGUAUGCAUCGAGUGUUGCGAAGCAGCAUUAAGUGCCUACAGGCAACGAGUUACGGCCGUUCCCAGCCGCCCGCCGCGGCGUCGGCAGAGGAUUCCGUCCGCCCCUCCAAGCUGCUCGUCGUCUAG